UACACGCUUCGAUGGUUGGGUCGCUUCAUCCAACAGAGUUGCAACACUUUUUCCUAUUUCCAUACUAUGCAGUUGCUGCAUUCUGUGAAGGGAGACUAAAGCAUGGAACUGUAGUGAAAAAAACAUCAUUGUCACAAAUUUUUAAAAAUAUUGGAUGCUGACUGUAUGAGUGUGAUUGGUGUUGAUAGGAUGGUGGAUACAUACAGAAACACUCUGUCUUGGAGCUUCAAAAAGUAUGGCUAGGCUCAUAAGUGAGUUCAUAUCAUGCAUGCACACAAAAAUGAAAUAUGAACAUUGCAUACACUUCAUACUAAAAUAAUCUUACGAGAGAGAGACGUGGAUAUUGGAUUGAUGAAACAUUGAACCGAACCGGAGGACUUCUAACCGUACCAAGAUUCGAACAUACGGUAUAUGUAGUAGACGACUAAGCCUCUGCUCAUUUAUUUAGGUUCAUGUUUUGCAAAAUAAGAGGAGAAUAAUUGGUCUUCCUUGUGUCUAGGAACCAGACAGACAUAGUUUUUUUGAGUUCUAUUGCUUUUGGAACCAUGCCUCACUGCGUAAAAAAAUAACCACUCAAAUCACAAUGAAGAUCCUUCUUUGUCUCUCUAUCUUCUUCAUCUCUUCUCUCCCAUCCUCUUACAGCUGCAACUCAAAAGACAAAAACACUCUCCUUCAAAUCAAGAAACAUUUUAACAACACGGAAUUCCUCUCCUCAUGGGAUCCUCAAACCGACUGUUGUACAAGCUGGACAGGCAUCGAGUGCACUAACGGCCGCGUCACAUUAUUCUCUAUGGCCAACUACAGAACCCUCUACGGUCAGAUCCCUGACCAGAUCGGUGACCUCCUUGAACUCCGUACACUCGAAAUGAGUCACAUGAAACUAACCGGAAACAUACCACGCACCAUCACCAAACUCAAGCACCUCGUCUUCAUCUUCUUACGGUGGAACAAACUAUCCGGUCCAAUUCCUGAUUACAUCAGCGAGCUCAAAAGCGUUACGUUCUUGGACAUCUCCUUUAACAAGUUUACCGGUCCUAUUCCCGGUUGGCUUACUCAGAUGCCUAAGCUUCACACCUUUCAGGCCGACAACAAUUCGCUAACCGGUCCUGUACCGAACUCUUUCGGUUCCUUCGUAGGCAGCGUCCCUAAUCUCUUCUUGAAAAACAAUAAGCUCUCAGGAAAAAUACCGGAGUCGUUGUCAAAGAUGGACUUUCAAGCAGUAGUUCUGAAGGGAAACGGUUUCACAGGAGAUGGUUCGAUGUUUUUCGGAGGGAACAAAAGAACAGUACAAGUGGAUCUGUCGAGAAACUUGUUUGAGUUUGAUCUCUCCAAGAUUAAGUUCGGUAAGAGCCUAGCUAUGUUAGAUCUGAGCCAUAACCGAAUCUUCGGGACGCUUCCUAGGGAGCUGACUCAGCUACAUCUCGAGCGUUUCAACAUUAGUUACAAUCGUCUCUGCGGAAAAAUACCACGUGGUGGUCAACUUCAAACCUUUAAAUCAUAUGAGUUCGCUGAGAACCGCUGUCUCUGUGGGUCCCCACUUAAGAAGGCUUGUUAAGUUUGUUUUAAUGGCGUGACCACAAAUAAUUACGUUUUAUCUGUACGAUGAUGAUGUGUUAAUUAUCACUGCUUAUCAAAUGAAUUAUUCCUUGGAUGAAUUAAUGAUGUUGUAUCAUUUGUUCUUUCUUUAAGUGUUCGUUUUUUAAGAAUAACAUUCUUUUUGCUUUCAAAAGUGGUGGGUAUCUCUAGUAUCCACUUGUUUGCCCGUUUGUAUUGUUUAUAUCCUAACCGUUUUUGGGAAGUUCAUUCAUUACACAUCACUAUUAACGUAGUUUUUCACACUGUUUUUCUUUGGAAAGUAAGUAAACUAUUUUGUAAUAGACAAAGUGUCCCAUAUUGGUAGUUAGAAAAGAUCAUAAGAAAUAUAUAAGAUAGAUGGAUCAUUCUAUUCCUCUUAGCACCAAUUGAUUUUAGGUUGGAAACCCAACUAGCUUAACAUGGUAUCAGAGCCUGAUCCACGCAGUCUAACCCGAUCCACAUCGAUCUAGUCUAAAGUUGGCUCAUUGAUCCUUGCCCGAGCAUUCCGAGAUUGAUACUCAAAGAGUCAUCAUCUCGAGGAAGGGUAUUAGACACAAAAUGUACCAAUAUCGAUAGUUGGAAGAGAUCUUUAAUAAUAUAUAAGAUAGAUGAACCACACUUGACAUAAAAAUAAUAACACAUCAUACAUGCUAUUCAUCUAACAUCUAACAAACUUGUCAUCAUCUGAUAUAAGUUCUCUGUGGUAC